CCUUCGCUUUCAUUUCUCGGGAUCCCGGGUCUGUGGCCACCCACAGUUUCGUUUCCGAGGCGUGGCAGAGGGCGCGGCCCGGGACACCAAUGGCUUUAGUGAGCCUCCCUCGAGCUCCACUGUGGCUUCAGCGAUUGUCGCGGCGGCUGUGCGCGCGGCUCCAGGCCUGCACGGGGACCAUGGUUCGGCCGCGGCGCUUUGCUGUGGAGAUGCCGGAUUGCUCCCUGACUCAUUUCGUCCUAGGGGACAAGGCGGGACACCCAGACCCACGCCUGGCAGCACUGCUUGGGCCCCCGGGGCGCAGCUACGCGCUGUGCGUCUCACUGGCCCCGGGAAAAGGCUGCGGGCCCCGGGUGCAGGCGGCCCGGAUGCACCAACGCUUGCUUCUGCAGCUGCGCCGGGGCCCUUUGCAGCGCUGCCAGCUGAGCAAGCUCUUAGGCUACGGUCCCGGCGACCAGGACGGUGAAGCCCAGCAUGGUUUCCUGCUGCGCGACCCUUGCGACCACCCGGACACUCGCAACACCUUGUUGAAGCUUCUGGGCUCCUGCCAGGAGGCGGCGCACCCGCAGUUGGCCGAGUUCCAGGUGGACUCUCAGGGUUUGCUGUGGCAGCGCUUAUGGGAGCUGCAGGGAGACAGGCAGGUGCAGGUAGACUGCGCAUGCGUUCUUCCGGCUCUGGAGCCUCAACUGCACCCAUUGCUGCCAGAUCUGCUCAACUCUGCGGUGUUCCAAGACCGGGAUGCUGCACGGGCGGUACUGGAGGAGUGCACAUCCUUUAUCCCUGAAGCCCGGGCAGUGCUUGACCUAGUUGACCAAUGCCCAAGGGAAAUCCAGAAAGGGAAGUUCCAAGUCAUUGCUAUUGAAGGACUGGAUGCCACUGGUAAAAGCACUGUGACUCAGUCGGUGUCACAGUCCCUCAAUGCUGUCCUCUUACAGUCACCACCCCCCUGCAUUGGCCGGUGGAGGAAAAUCUUUGAUGAGGAACCUACUAUCAUUCGAAGAGCAUUUUACUCUUUGGGCAAUUAUCUUGUGGCUUCUGAAAUAGCUAAAGAAUCAGCGAUGUCCCCUGUUAUUGUAGACAGGUACUGGCAUAGCACGGCCACCUACGCCAUAGCCACUGAGGUGAGCGGAGGCCUGCAGUAUCUCCCUCCUGCCCACCACCCUGUGUACCAGUGGCCAGGAGACCUGCUGAAGCCUGACCUUGUCCUGCUGCUCACGGUGAAUCCUGAAGAGAGAGUGAGGAGACUGCAGGGCCGGGGUCUGGAGAAAACUAAAGAAGAAGCAGAACUUGAGGCCAACAAUGUGUUUCGUCAGAAGGUGGAAAUGACCUACCAGCGUAUGGAGAACCCAAGUUGCCACCUGGUUGACGCCAGCCCCUCAAGAGAGACUGUGCUACAGAAAGUUUUGCAGCUGAUCCAGAGCACUGGUCAUUAAUUGUAGUUCUUCUGGCCAUGUGCCUCAUUACACCAAAAGAGAAGCUGUGUGAUGCACCUAAAAUGAGCACUCAUCAUGCAGCUUUUUAGAUUCAGGUGGUUCGAGCAUACUGAGGGCAGGGGAGGGGGGAGCUGGAGAAUGGGCAUUUUGCUUUAUUCCGACCGACAGAACCAGCCAGCAGCUGCUGUUUUCUGCCUGGCCAUGUACCAUCUUCUUGGGAUAUAUUUUAACACUGUGAUCACCUAGAAAGACCUUCUGAUGCAAUGGUGAGCAUAUGGAACUCUUCCUGCACUUGGAAGCUGAUGUCAGAUGUGGCCCACACUGAUCAAUUGUGAUGGGCUAGCCUUAUCACCUUUCACACCAAAUCCUAUAUUGAGCAUUGGCAAAGAGCCUGGCUGUCCCAGGAUAUCCCCUUGGAGCCAUUUAGGAGUGGGGACACUUGCAAAGAAGCCAUCCAUCUUGCUUCAGAGGCUAAAAGAACAACUUGGUCAGUUCCCUGAAUGAGUACCUCAGACCUGAAUAGACAUGUGCCCCUAAGCUACCAGCAUGCCAACCCUGCUGUUCUCAUUUGCUCAUCUGCAUUCCAUUUCAUUCCUCUGAAAUCUACUUCUGAGUGUAAUGAGCAGGAUGCAUUUUACUUACCCAGCACACUGAUUUGUUUAUAUUUAUGUUUACUUCAUAUAUUUCCUUACUGUAGGAGCUGUGAGUCAGUAACCAAAACUGAGGCCAAGGAGCUAAAUGCAGCAUUUGCUGUGUGUUUUCACUACACAAAUUUAAUUUAUCUUAAUAAACACCGUGGAUUCUGGAAAGAGAUUUCAGAGUAAAUUAUCUUGCACUUUGAAUGUCUUCUGAUUACAUGUGAAGUUAGCUUGAAGGGCUCUUUUUAGAGAAAAGAGCUGUGGAAGAGAAUCCUGGUGGCUCUGUAGCCUUGGCAAUCAUGUUAACAAUUUGGUCUGAGAGGGGACAGACAGUAGGUGGGCCUGGAGGCAUAACCCUCUAGUAAUAAUUACUUGGGAGACUGAGAAAGGAAAACUGAAUAUUCAAGGCCUUCCUGGGCUACAGCAUAUGUUUAGGGCUAGCCUGAGUAAUGUAGUAAGACCUUGUUUCAAGAUUAAAAGAUAUGAAGAGGAAUGGGACAUUGGACUGAAUAGUCUAUUCCUGGGUUCAGGUCCUAGGUUCCAUUCCCAAACCAUAAAAAUAAAAAAUAUAUAAAAAUAUGAAUAAACAAACAAUAAAAGGAAUUAAGUAAGUUUUAGUCAUAAGAAGGUGGCUGGGUCAGAUUAUUAUUUAACAUUCCAAUUACAAUGUGGAUGCCUCUCAUUUUGAUCCCACAUCCCAUUUCUUAGGUAGAAUCAUCCCCAAGAAGUUACAUGUAAAGCCUUAUCAGGUUUACCCUAGUCUUAAAUUAUAAUAAGAUUUAGUAUUAACAUAUCAGUAUUUUUUCACCUUUGGAACUAUGUAUAACUUAUAAAUAAUGUGUCUAUGUAUAUGAAUAUGUUGCUUGCCUCAGUAAAACAUAUUUUUGAAGCUGACAAAUAACAUUAAGGUUCUCUGUAAUGUUGCAGCUACUUCUACAAAGGGUUUUGUUCAAGCCUUUCUGAGAUUAUUGUGCCAGAGGCCCAGGAGGAAGUCUUAGUGCCCUCCUCAUGAAACCUGACAGGGAAUAAACUUGCUAUGAUUUUCCUAGCCCAAUCUGUCA